CUGAUCUGUGAGAGAGACACAAAUCACAAAAGAGAGAUGGAGAAGAGCUUGUUAACAAAAGAGAGAGAAGAGAAAAGAGAGGGUUGUUGUUUAAGCAUAACAACAUGGGGAUGGGGUCAUGGUGAGUUUGUUCAAGAGGCCAAAAGAAUAGGGUACUUAGCAGGACCUAUGGUGGCUGUCAAUUUGUCACAGUAUUUUCUGCAAAUUAUAUCAAUUAUGAUGGUUGGUCACCUUAGUCAGCUCUCUCUCUCUAGCACUGCCAUUGCUAUCUCUCUCGCUGCUGUCUCCGGCUUCAGUCCUCUUUAUGGAUUGUCUACUGCACUGGAAACUCUAUGUGGACAAGCAUAUGGAGCUCAGCAAUAUCAAAAACUAGCAAAUCAAACGUAUACAGCUAUUUUCUCUAUAAUUUUGGUCUGUCUCCCUCUGUCUCUUGUUUGGAUCUACAUGGGAAAGUUGCUCGUUUUAAUGGGUCAAGACCCUGCAAUUUCAUAUGAAGCUGGCAAAUUCAUAAUAUGGCUCAUUCCUGCACUCUUUGCUUAUGGAACUCUUCAAGCCCUUGUUCGAUAUUUUCAGACACAAAGUUUAAUCAUUCCCUUGCUAGUAAGCUCUUGUGUUACUCUUUGUUUCCAUAUACCUCUGUGUUGGGUUUUAGUAUACAAGUCUAGUCUAGGACAUCUUGGAGCAGCAUUAGCCAUUGGUAUGUCAUAUUGGUUGAAUGUGAUUUUACUUGGACUAUACAUGAAGUACACUAGUGCCAGUUCAAAAACCAGGGUCCCACUUUCUAUGGAGAUGUUCCGAGGAAUUGGAGAAUUCUUCCGUUUUGCAAUUCCUUCUGCUGUAAUGAUUUGCCUUGAAUGGUGGUCAUUUGAGCUGCUUAUCCUGCUGUCAGGGCUUCUACCAAAUCCAACACUUGAAACUUCAGUCUUGUCUGUGUGUUUGUCAACCAUCUCAACACUCUACAUGAUACCGGAUGGAAUUGCUGCUGCAGCAAGCACUAGAGUUUCAAAUGAAUUAGGAGCUGGGAAUCCACAAGGAGCACGUUCAGCUGUCACUGUAGUGAUGUCUAUUACGGUUGCACAGGCACUCAUAUUAAGCUUAGCCCUCUUUGCCAGCCGCGGUGUUUUUGGUUAUGUUUUCAGCAAUGACAUGGAAGUAGUAGACUAUGUCACAACCAUGGCUCCUUUAGUAUGUCUAUCAGUUAUACUGGACAAUUUACAUGGUGUUCUUUCAGGUAUUGCUAGGGGAUGUGGGUGGCAGGACUUAGGUGCUUAUGUCAACCUCGGCGCGUACUAUCUAUGUGGACUUCCAGUUGCUGCCAUAUUGGGUUUUUGGCUACAGAUGAGAGGACAGGGCCUUUGGAUUGGUAUACUGGUUGGUGCUUCUGUGCAGGCAUUACUGCUCUCUGUCAUAACAAGUUGUACAAACUGGGAAAAACAGGCAAGUAAGGCAAGGCAGAGAAUGUUGGAGGGAAGAUCUUCAGUGGAAAAUAGAUUAACAUGACUGACUCUUGAUCAACUAUAUUAUCUUAUUCCGAAGUUGUAAGAGAAAUAUAGUGCUUAACUAAUAAGAUUUGUAGAUUUGUUGCCAGGCUACACUUAGUAAUAUGCAUUGAGUGUUUUUUACAAAAUAGAAGCAAAGAGA